UAUUGGCUGUCUGCUCUCCGUUUGGUCACGCCCCCUCAUUUCCAUUGGCUGAGGCGGCCCGGGGGCGGGGCUGUCCCCGCUAUGAAGCCGAGGCGGGCGCGGAGCAGCGGAGCCGUUCGGAACCCGGGGGGUGUCCGGGACCCCCGUCCCGCCCGGGGGGGGCCCGGGCCGUGCCCUCCGCACACCCCCGCGCUGCCAUGCUGCUGGCCGGCUCGCCCUGCUGCCCCCCGGGGCUGGAGGAGUACCCGGCCGGCCAGGACAGGAGUGUUGAGAGCCCCCGGCAGCUGGGGAGGGGUCCCAGUGCCUUCAUCCCCCUGGAAAAGAUCCUGCAGGAGGGUGUGGAGAGCACCCAGGGCCAGCUCCUCAUCCAGGCCUUGGUCUCCCAGGGUAGGGUGGACAACAUCACCAUGGUGAUGGGGCUGCACCCCCAGUAUCUCAGCAGCUUCUGGAAGACUCAGUACCUCCUGCUGCGCAUGGACGGGCCCCUGCCCUACCACAAACGUCACUACAUUGCCAUCAUGGCAGCAGCCCGACACCGCUGCUCUUACCUGGUGGGGUUGCACAUGGGGGAGUUCCUGCAGGUGGGGGGCAACCCAGAGUGGCUGCAGGGGCUGCACUGUGCCCCCCAAAAACUCAGGAACCUCAAUGAGAUCAACAAACUGCUGGCACACCGGCCCUGGCUCAUCACCAAGGAGCACAUCGAGGCUCUGCUGAAGACAGGGGAGGACAGCUGGUCCCUGGCAGAGCUGGUCCAGGCCCUGGUGCUCCUCACCCACUACCACUCCCUCGCCUCCUUCGUCUUUGGCUGUGGCAUCAACCCCGAGGAGGAGCAGGAGGGGGGGCAGAGCUGCAGACCCCCCUCUCCCCCCAGUGAGGACAGCAUGGGGGGCUCUGGGGGCAAGGAUGCCAUGCAGGAGGUGGAGGUGCUGAUGGAGAGGCUGAAGCUGCUGCAGGAAAGCCAGCUGGAGGAGGAGGAGGUCACCCAGGAGGAGAUGGCCACACGCUUCGAGCUGGAGAAGACAGAGAGCUUGCUGGUGGCUCCCACGGAUCUUGGGGAUCACUCCCUGCAGUCCAACGUCCGCUGCUUCGUGGAGGACCCCGAGUUUGGCUACAAGGACUUCACCCGGAGGGGUGAGCAGGCACCCCCCACUUUCCGUGCCCAGGAUUACACCUGGGAGGACCAUGGCUACUCACUGAUCAAUCGCCUCUACCCCGAUGUGGGGCAGCUCCUGGAUGAGAAGUUCCAGGUUGUCUACAACCUGACCUACAACACCAUUGCCAUGCACUGUGGUGUGGACACCUCCAUGCUUCGUAGGGCCAUCUGGAACUACGUCCACUGUGUCUUUGGCAUCCGCUAUGAUGACUACGACUACGGGGAGGUGAACCAACUCCUGGAGAGGAGUUUGAAGGUUUACAUCAAGACGGUGGCUUGCUACCCGGAGAAAACAACCAAGAGGAUGUACACCCAGUUCUGGAGACACUUCAAACACUCAGAGAAGGUGCACGUCAACCUGCUCCUGCUGGAGGCUCGGAUGCAGGCGGCUCUGCUCUACGCCCUGCGUGCUGUCACCCGCUACAUGACCUGAGCCCUGCUCCCUCCUCUGCCUCUGGGAGGGCUCUGGGGGGAGCUGAUCCCCUCCAGAUGGUCCCUGGAAUAUCGUCUCCCCCUUCUUUAAGGAAGGAACAGAGAGAGGAGGGGGCUUCCCAGCCCCUCAUCCUGGAAAACCAGAGCCCCGCGAUGCCAGCGGUGCCGGGAAGGCCCCGGGGAGCAGAGCUGGGGAUGCUCCACUGCUCCUGGGGUUUCUUCUUUUUAUAUAUGGGGGGGUGAGCCCCCACCUAAAAGAAAAAACCCAACCCAACUUCAUUUUGAGCCCAAAUGAAGUCAACCUGUGAGUGCAGCAGCAGGGUGGCACCUUGGGGCUGUGUCCUGCUGCCCUGGGGGAUUCUCCUCAACCCUGGGCAUCACCCGAGGGGAACGGGGGCUCUGUCUCUGUCUCUGCUCCGUGGGAUUUGUGCUGGAAAAGACCCCCCCUGCUGAGGACAUCCUGGGGUCUGGGUGGGCUGGGGGGGAGGAGGCUGCAGCUUCUCCAUGCUCUGCCCCAGGGUGUUCCUGCUGUGACACUGAAAUGUCCCCUCCAGGCCCCCAACCCAGCCCCUGGGUGGGGUUAAGCUCAGCCCCAUCCUGUCCCCUACAGUUUGGGGGACACGAGGUCCCUCUUCCCCUACUCCAGGGGCAGGGGGGCAGCAGUGCUUGCUGUGUAUUUGACACCUUUUGGUUUUUGUUUUUCACCUACUGGUGCAUCUCAGCCUUGGGGAGAGGGGGCUGGGGGCAGGGUGGGACAGGGGGUGGCUGUCACUUGACCCACCUGUACCAGGACAUCUCCCAGGGGUGCUGGUCACCUCGGGGGGUGCUUGGUUGGCAGAACCCCCACUCCUGCUGCAGCAUCACCCACUGCUCCUCCCCUCUUGGUUUGUCUCUGCUGAACUGUGGCUCCAGUUAAGUUAUUUCUAUAUUUUAUUAUUAUUUUUUUUUUGGAGGGGGGGGGGAUGUAUUUUACUCCUGUCUGGGCAUGGAAAUGCCACGGAGACUUUGCUACAGAUCUCGUUGGAAAAAAAUAAAAUUAUUCUUUUAUUUCCCCUU